CUUUUUAGGAGAACUAUAAAUAGUAUUGCACAUUUGUAGUCAUUAUGACCUUAUAUACACACUGAAGUUGAAACUAACAAAAGAAGGAACACAGUAUAGCUAUAUGGCUACUCCUAAUCCAGAGCCAGUGUUUGUCAAAGAGCUAGCUGAAAAGUACAAGUGUAGUAUUUGUUUGAACCUUCUAGACACACCAGUUCUAACUGAAUGCUGUGGACAGCAUUUUUGCAAAGCUUGUAUAGAAGAUUGGAUCAUAACAAACAAGGAAUCAACUUGCCCUCACUGUCGAGCAGAAAACUUCAAGAAGAUUGUUUCCCAGCCGAAAAUCAGAAAGAUCAAAGAGCUGGAGGUGAAUUGUACGAAUGAUAUCAAUGGAUGCAAAGCGAUUAUCAAAUUUAGAGAUUUUCAGAAGCACGUGGACGAGUGCCCGUUUGGAGGUGUCGAAUGCACCAAUGAUUGUGGUACGGGCGGAUUGCUAAGAAAGAACCUCCAAUUGCAUUGCAAACAAGAGUGUCCUAAUCGAAUAGUGCACUGUAAGCUUUGUAACAAAGAGGGUAAGCAUUCGGUAAUAGUUGGAGAGCACAAACAAGAGUGUCCUAAUCGAAUAGUGCACUGUAAGCUUUGUAACGAAAAGGGUGAGCAUUUGGUAAUAGUUGGAGAGCACAAAGGAAUUUGCCCUAAAGUCGUCGUAGCAUGCCCUAACAAAUGCAACGAGAAAUUGAAGAGAAAAGAUAUUAAAGAGCACAAAAACGAGUGUCGACUUGAGAUUGUGGAUUGUCCCUUCAAAAAGGCUGGAUGUAAAGCGAGUCUGCCUCGUAAAGAUAUCGCAGAGCACAGAAACGAGUGUCCAUUUGAGAUUGUGGAUUGUCCCUUCAAAGAGGCUGGAUGUGAAGCGAGGCUGCUUCGUAAGGAUAUCUCAGAGCAUAAAGUGUUUAGCAUGCUAAAACAUCUCCGACUAACACUUAAUAUGUGGUAUAUUUUAAUUUCUGUAUGUGUACUAUUUAUAUGCGUGUGUUUGUACAACGAACGCUAAGUGUCUUAGUGUUCUUGUGUUAUUAAUGAUUAUCAAGAGUAUA